CUUAUGUCUAACCUUGGCCUUAAAUUAAGACCAAAAAGCAAAUGUUUGUUUUCAUGAAUAUUUACGAUGGCUGUGGUAACUAGUGGAAACCUAAUAACUUUCCUACGCGAUGCAAAUCAAUAACAGGCUCUCUGAUUGGUCAGGGACACCUGAACGGUGCAUUUGUAAAUGGCUUUCCUUUGGAAUAAUGUAACGUUUUAUUUGUUGUAAUGUAUUAUCAGCACCUUAAAGCAUUUUGUCGCAAUUUUGAGUAACGCUUUGUUGAUCGUCUUGGAUCUGGGAAACGAUGUCGGCCGCAGAAGGCGAUCGCAGUUCGGAACAACUGAAUAAAUUCGAGAAACUGACAGUGAGGCCUCCAGUCAGAGUAGCAGGUCUCCAUAUGCCCCCAGCUCGGAGCGGGCAUCGCUGCGUGGCAGACAACACCAACCUGUACGUGUUCGGGGGGUACAACCCGGACUAUGAUGAGUCGGGCGGCCAGGAGAACGAGGACUACCCGCUGUUCAGGGAGCUGUGGAGGUACCACUUUGCCACGGGCACUUGGCAGCAGAUCCGUACAGAGGGCUACAUGCCCACCGAGCUGGCCUCCAUGUCAGCUGUUUUACAUGGAAACAAUCUGCUGGUGUUCGGUGGCACUGGGAUUCCCUUUGGGGAAAACAACGGGAAUGACGUCCACGUCUGCAACGUCAAGUACAAGCGGUGGUCGCUGCUCAACUGCCGAGGGAAGAAGCCCAACCGAAUCUACGGACAGGCGAUGGCCAUCAUUAACAGCUUCCUGUAUGUGUUUGGGGGUACGACGGGUUACAUCUACAGCACAGACCUGCACAGACUGGACCUGAACACCAGAGAGUGGAUCCACCUCAAACCCAACAACCCACCAGACGACCUGCCUGAGGAACGGUACAGACAUGAAAUAGCACACGACCGUCAGAGGAUAUACAUCCUGGGAGGAGGGACUUCCUGGACCUCCUAUCCUCUGGACAAGAUACAUGCAUACAACCUGGAGACAAAUUCCUGGGAGGAGAUAUCAACCAAGCCUCAUGAUAAAAUAGGGUACCCUGCUCCCAGGAGAUGUCACAGCUGUGUGCAGAUACGGAACGAUGUGUUUCUAUGCGGAGGUUACAACGGUGAAGUCAUAGUGGCUGAUCUGUGGAAGAUCAACCUGCAGACGUUCCAGUGGACCAAGCUCCCAGCAGUGAUGCCUGAGCCAGCCUAUUUCCACUGUGCUGCUGUGACCCCGGCUGGCUGCAUGUACAUCCACGGUGGUGUGGUGAACAUCCACGAGAACAAGCGGACUGGCUCCCUGUUUAAGAUCUGGCUGGUAGUGCCCAGCCUGCUGGAGCUGUGCUGGGAGCGUCUGCUCAAGGCCCACCCCCAGCUGGCUCAGUUACCCACCAUGCAGCUCCUCCACCUGGGCCUCACACAGGAACUCAUCGAGCGCUUGAAAUAAAGGAGGAAGGAUGGAUGGAUGGAGAACACAGGAUUUAUUUUUAAGGGGGUCGCCUUGAAGGAGUUGAUGGUCCCUCUGCCUACGUAGCCCCGCCUUAAAACCAAAAACAAUGGGAUGCCUUUUUUCUUUUUGCGUUUGGACGUCAGAUUUUAAAGGGAAUCCAAGUGGAAUGUUUCUUGACCCCGCCCCCAUUCCCCGUCUCGCCCCCGCCCCCAUUCCCCGUCUCGCCCCCAUUCCCCCGUCUUGUCUUUGUGUUAAGCAAGGUCGCCACGGCUUCUAGCCUCUCAAUCCGCCUGCCUACAGACCCAGAAAUCAUUUGCUCCACGGCUUUCAGAUUCACGUCGACCCUCACUACUUUCUCAUUUUAUAUUGGCCUUCAUGACUUUAAUAAGAAUGCCAUUUCAGAGGAAUGAUUAUUUAUUUGUAUGUAUUUUCAUGAGACAUUCUGUUCGCCAUUUCUCUCACAUUUCUCUUCUCUCUACGUACAAUUAGGAAAGUUAGACUUGGAGUCAGAUGAAAAGUUACACCAGACAGUUGGCAUGUUUUUGUGUUACAAGGGGAAGGUAGUAUUGGUACCACCCUCAUGCCAGACUUAGACGCAGGUUGUCGUCACCACUUUUCCCUAUUCAAGGCUUAAUAACAGUCUGAUUUGAAUAGUUUAUUUGUGUGAAGAACAGACUGAUGCUACUGUAGUUGGGUCUCUAAUAGACCACUUCCCUUUCACCUAAUAUCCCACCACACUCCUCAUACCCAUUUAACACUGAUUCAGUUAUCCGAUAUGCAUUCAGGUAUCUUGGAUAUACAUACAGGUAUUUGAAACAAUUAUCUCUGGUAGUUAUCUCUGAUAUACAGUUCUCUGUAUCAGUGUCCCAAAUUGCACCCUAUUCUCUAUAGUGCACUACUUUUGACCAAGGGACUUAGCCCUUAUACCCACCAUAGUAGAAACCUAAUAUCAAUGGAAGAUGGGUAAAGAGUCAAAACACCUGGUCUCCAUUCAUUCUGAACUGUAUCAGUCACUUUAGUAUGCUUGUGGAAAGUCCAUUUGUAAACUAAAUCAUCCCAUCACUGUGAAUAUGGUGCUCCUUAAAUGUUUUUAUUUAAAUAAAAUUUUCAAUUUCUGUUCCAA